GGAAAUAUGAGACUGUUCCUGCUGCAACAAAACAUGUAGGAAGAGCUAUUGCUACACAGCUCAACCCGAAACAGCCCUGCGUUCAGGUGUUUUCUCCCAGCAGCAGAGUGGCACUGUCCAACCGUUAAAGAGGAAUUUAACGGUCUCGUCCAGCCUUGACAAUUUACAGUUUGAUAUUUGGCAGACGCUCUUAUAUCCAGAGCGACGCACAAAGACUUCCCUUGUUUACCUCAUACACACAGAUCCUUAAGUGCCCUCUUCAUGCUGGUAGGAUGAAGCAGAACGUUCGCGCCAUGGCGGCCUGCCCCGCGGAGUUCUGCCCGGGGUCCCGGGCCAGCUCGGAGGUGGACCUGAAGGCCCCGCCCGUGGAGAAGAUGCAGAUGAAGAAGGAGAUCUCGCUGCUGAACGGGAUCUGCCUCAUCGUGGGCAACAUGAUCGGCUCGGGGAUCUUCGUCUCGCCCAAGGGCGUGCUGAUGCACAGCGCCUCCUACGGGCUGUCGCUGGUCAUCUGGGCCCUGGGCGGCAUCUUCUCCGUCUUCGGGGCGCUCUGCUACGCCGAGCUGGGCACCACCAUCACCAAGUCGGGCGCCAGCUACGCCUACAUCCUGGAGGCCUUCGGCGGCUUCGUGGCCUUCAUCCGCCUGUGGACCUCCAUCCUGCUCAUCGAGCCGGCCAGCCAGGCCGUCAUCUCCAUCACCUUCGCCAACUACCUGGUGGAGGGGAUGUACCCCACCUGCCAGCCCCCCUACGAUGCCGUCCGGCUCAUCGCCGCCGCCUGCCUUUGUAUGCUGAUCUUUAUUAAUUGUGCCUAUGUAAAGUGGGGCACAUUGGUCCAAGACGUCUUCACUUACACCAAACUCCUGGCUCUCCUUUUGGUCAUCGUAGUGGGCCUCAUGAAAAUAGCACAAGGAGAGACUAAGAAUUUCGACAACCCCUUUGAGGGGUCCACCACGGACCCGGGGAACAUCGCCCUGGCUCUGUACUCCGCCCUCUUCUCCUACUCUGGCUGGGACACCCUCAACUUCGUCACCGAGGAGAUACAGAACCCUGAACGGAACCUGCCUCUGGCCAUUGCAGUCUCCAUGCCCAUAGUGACCAUCAUCUACCUGCUCACCAACGUGGCAUACUACGUGGUGCUGGACAUGCCAUCCCUGCUGGCCAGCGAUGCGGUUGCCGUGACUUUUGGGAACGUAGUCCUUGGGCCGGUGAAGUGGAUCAUCCCCAUCUCCGUGGCCAUAUCCUGCUACGGUGGGCUUAACGCAUCUAUCAUUGCUGCCUCCAGGCUGUUUUUCGUGGGGGCGAGGGAGGGACACCUCCCAGACAGCCUCAGCCUGAUCCAUGCAGAACGCUACACCCCCAUCCCAGCCCUCAUCUUCAAUGGCCUGAUGGGGCUGAUCUUCCUGUGCGUGGAGGACGUCUUCCGGCUCAUCAGCUACUUCAGCUUCAGCUACUGGCUGUUCGUGGGCCUGUCCGUGGCGGGCCUGAUCUACCUGCGAAUCACGCAGCCCGACCGGCACCGGCCCGUCAAACUGACCCUCUUCUUCCCCUUCGUGUACUGCCUGUGCAGCCUGUUCCUGGUCAUCGUCCCGCUCUACGGGGACACCAUUAACUCCCUGAUCGGGGUGGCCAUAGCGCUGUCGGGAGUGCCCGUGUACUACGUGGGGAUCUACCUACCCGAGGACAGGAGGCCCAAGUUCAUCGGCCGAAUAAACGCUGCGGUCACCAGAUACACGCAGAUGAUCUGCUUCUGCUGCCUGACGGAGCUCGACACCGAGCCCAGCCCGCCCUCCGGCGACAAGACCCAGUGAUGUCACAGCCCCGCCCGCAUCAUGCACCAAUCGCCGGAGGGGUCCCUGAAGAGACCACGCCCACAACUUGGCCCUUCCACACCAAGCGGGUCUGUUUUCCUGGGCGGUUCUGUUCAAGGAGUGCUGCCCUCAGUUCUGGCAUGCUCAGUGCAUCGUGCUCUACAGAUUUUUUUUUUUUUUCCCCUCAUACUACUUUCUGUUUUGGGUUGUGGGAUUUUGGACAACACGACUUUAUAAAGACUAUUUAAAAAAAAUAAAUUAAAAAAAAAGUGACAGGGAGGACACUGGACUUCGGUUCUGAUGUGGUUCCGCGGUUGGUCCUGCGCGUACGUUGCCCUGAGUUUGAACGGACUGCCGUAACGGCAUGGAACAGGGCCUCUGCCUCUCUGCCAGGCCGGCCUGUUCUUGAGAGAACACUCAGGGCUAAAGGACUGUGGGACACAGCCAAAGUGGACGUUCUUCUGCUGGAACAUUCACACAAACGUACCAACAAUGCCUGCUGUUCGCCCGUGGAAACCCAAAGCUUCUUAUCGCUUUGUGGCACUUUCCAACAGUGCAGCGAAGAAUUUCCAUAUCAGUGUUCCGUUUGCUCGUGUUCCGUUCUGUUUAUAUCACAAACAACUUAUUUCAUUAUUCAGAUUGGCGAUCUCUUGUCCGGUCAAUGUAUUUACACACACCACUCACUUACAAGUGCUAACCUUAAAUGCUCUGAAUAGAUUUCUCUGUUUAUUUGUGUGUCAGUUUAUUUGUCAGGGUAUGGACUUGAAAAACAGGGUGGACCAACAUGUGCCAAAGCUGGCAAAAAAAAAAUGUCUGGUAUCCAAUACAUCAGGGGUGCCCAGCCCUGCUCCUGGAGAUCUACCAUCGUGUAAGUUUUCAUUUCAACCCUAAUUCGGAGCACCCGAUUCUACUAAUUUACCGCUGAAGGUGAUCUCAAGCUGUUGACUGAAGGUGUGCUUUGUUAGGGUUGGAGCAAAAACCUACCGGAUGGUAGAUCUCCAGGAAGAGGGUUGGGCAGCCCUGCAAUGCAUCCAUGUAGCGAUGGAAAAGACUGUACAUCACAAAUCAGAGGAACGAAAGAAUGGCCUCAGACAAAAAUCUGCUGCGAUUUGCACAAAAAACCGACAGAGCCAAAAUUGAAAUAAAUGAUGUAUUACAUUUUUUUUUCAAUGUAGUAAUUGUAUAUUUUGAUGAUUAAAGUCACAGUUUUUGUGUUUUUGAUGGUGAA